AUGACAGGCCUGACAUUUCCGUUACUCUUUCUAGGCGGUGCCGCCGCUGCCUCGGUCGGACUGCCGGUCCAGCUUGAGACCAGGUCAGCACUCAACUCCCGCCUUGCCAACGUGCACAUCGCCGUCACGAGGUCCGUCGAGGGUCCCAUCACAGUUGCCUAUGGACCCUGCACGUCUUCGUCCAUCCAAGAUGCCCACCAUGUUCUCGGCGAGACACACGGCAGCAGGUCGGAGGGAACACGGCUCGUCUGGAUCCUUGCCGAGGACACCGAGUCGGGAGGCUGUCUGUCAGCAUGGACCUCUACCGGCACCCUUGCAGGCCGGAGUGAGCCACAGUUUGUACAGGGUCUUCAAAAGCGUCGAACGAGCAACCUAAAGCGAGCUGCCGGCAUUCCAAUGAAUAACUCGACUGGUAUUGACGUCCUUGGGCCCUGGUUCGACGGGGUGGCUCUGCUCAAGGACAAGCAACCCGGCCCCGUGGACGUGGAGGCCGCCAAAGCCAAGGAGAUUGCCAUUGUCGGGGCCGGCAUGUCCGGGCUCAUGACCUAUCUCGUCCUGACCCAAGCCGGUAUGAAGAACGUCACAAUCCUUGAGGCAGGCCAGCGUCUCGGCGGCCGGGUCCACACCGAAUACCUCAGCGGCGGCCCGUUCGACUACUCGUACCAGGAGAUGGGGCCCAUGCGGUUUCCCUACAGCUACCAGGACCCGGCCACGGGCGAGACGCUCAACAUCACGGACCACCAGCUUGUCUUCCAGCUGGCGGCCGAGAUGAACCGCAUCAACGGCAACGAAAAGAAGCUGAGUGUCGACUUUAUCCGCUGGUUCCAGACCAACCCCAACGGGCUGGUGUACCGGAACGGCUUCAAGUUGGCGUCAGGCCUGCCUCCGACGGUUGCCCAGAUCCAGGCGGAUCAUUCGCUCGGAGGCCCGGUCAAGGUCGUAAACGAGUCUACCAAAGCACUCGUCACGGCGGUGGAGGAGCAUAUGCCCGGCCCCGAGUUCUACGCCGCAGCUGCGCGGAACAUGUUCAAGGCGCACAAGGACUGGAUUGAGAACGGACUCAAGGGACUGGGUGGCGACACGUGGUCCGAGUUCGCCUUUAUGGUCAACUACCUCGGCGGUAGCCUCAACGAUACCGAUGUCAACGGUGGCAGCUCCAUCUCGUUCUGGGACGAGAUCUACGAGGGACUUUACUUCCAGGCGACCGAGUGGCGCACCAUCGACGGCGGCCUGAACCGGCUGCCCGAGUCCUUCGAACCCCUCGUCAGAAAAGACAUCUACAUGAACCGCCAGAUCGAGCGCAUCCAGUUCACACAGCAGCCCGCCGGCAACAGCGCCACCACCAAGGUCCAACUUCACUGGCGCGACACGUCCAACCCCAACAGAUUCUCCUCCACCCUCCGCACCUCCACCUACGACUACGCCCUGAUCUCGGCCCCCUUCCCCGUCGUCCGCAGCUGGCGCCUGCCGCCCUCCCUCCCUCCCACCAUCACCAACGCCAUCAACAACCUCGCCUACGCGCAGGCCUGCAAGGUCGCCCUCGAAUACCGCACCCGCUUCUGGGAGCACUACGAGAACCAGCCCAUCACAGGCGGCUGCUCGACGACGAGCGACAUCCCGGGCAUUGGAACCAUCUGCUACCCGUCCUACAACAUCAACGGCACGGGCCGGGCCUCAAUCCUUGCGUCAUACUCGACCGUAGACUGGCCCAACUCGCUUACCGAGACGGAGCACGUGCAGAUGGUGCUGGACGCCAUGACCGAGAUUCACGGUGAGGAAACCAGGGGGCUGUACACGGGGAAGUAUAACCGCCGCUGCUGGGCGCAUGAUCCGCUCCAGCGCGGGAGCUGGGCGAGUCCCACCAUUGGACAACACCAGCUAUAUAUCCCCGAGUAUUUCAAGACGUAUGAUGGGUUGAUCUUUAUUGGCGAGCACACGAGCUACACGCAUGCUUGGAUCGCGUCGGCCCUCGAGUCGGGUAUCAGGGGCUCGGUGCAGCUGCUGCUUGAACUCGGUCUCGUGGACGAAGCCAAGGAAGUGGUCAACAAGUGGAUGGCGAGAUGGAUCGAUAUUUAA